AAAGAUAGGGAAAGAAAUUGAAUUUGAGGAGAGAGAGAGAGAGAGACUGGAGGAAGGAAGGAGACGACGAACACCCCUUCUUCGUCUUCUCCUCCUCCUCUUCUUCGCCAUUGCCAAUCCCACUCGAUCUCAUCGAAGCUUCCCCGCGGACUCAGUCUCCGUCUCUCCGCGUCUCGCCGAGUCGAAGCAGUAGCUCGCCGCCCAGCCUUACCUUUCGUCCGGUUCUGCGGUCACCGACUCUCCCCGGCCGCCGGCGACUCCCUCCGCUCCCUCCUUCUCUGGCCAUGCGACUCUGGUCCUCGGUAAUCUCCGCCUCGAGAGACGACUCCGUCGGCUCCGCUUCGAGAUCCUCGCGCUCCCGCGCUUGCGCCGACCAAGGAUUUUGCCAUGUCCACAGACGCUCACGCCCCUAGCUCCCGGGGCCUCCUCUGCCACGCCGGAGCCGGCGCCGCUGCCGGUGUUAUUGCUGCUACGUUCGUGUGUCCUUUAGAUGUUAUUAAGACUCGAUUUCAAGUCCAUGGGCUGCCAAGCCUCGGUAGAGACAGUAUCAAAGGGAGUCUUAUAGUUGGUAGUCUGGAGCAAAUAUUUCAAAGGGAAGGCAUCCGGGGAAUGUACCGUGGGCUCGCUCCCACUGUGCUGGCUUUACUCCCCAACUGGGCGGUGUACUUCACAAUAUAUGAGCAGCUGAAAAGUCUGCUUGGUGCGGAUGAGACAAAUCAUCUGUCAGUAGGUGCAAAUAUGAUUGCUGCUUCUGGUGCUGGUGCUGCUACAACAAUUGGCACAAAUCCCCUCUGGGUUGUUAAAACAAGACUUCAAACUCAAGAGAUGCUUCCCGGGAUUGUGCCAUAUAGGAGCACAUUGUCUGCUUUGAGGAGAAUAGCGCACGAGGAGGGUAUCCGUGGAUUGUACAGUGGUCUUGUUCCUGCCCUGGCUGGUGUCAGUCACGUUGCCAUACAGUUUCCUACGUACGAGAAAAUUAAACUUUACUUGGCCGAUCAAGAAAACACUACCAUGGAUAAACUUGGUGCAAGAGAUGUUGCUGUCGCAUCCUCAGUCUCUAAAAUAUUUGCAUCUACUUUGACAUACCCACACGAGGUAUAUUAUCAAAGUGGUGCGGUCAAGGCUCCAAGAACAAGGCAACCACUCUGAGAAGCGAUACUCUGGCGUGCUUGACUGCAUCAAGAAAGUAUUCCAACAGGAGGGUGUCCCGGGCUUUUACCGCGGGUGUGCCACCAACCUAGUCCGAACCACUCCUGCAGCUGUCAUAACGUUCACCAGUUUUGAGAUGAUCCAUCGGUUCCUUCUCACAUUGUUACCUCCUGAUCAACAACCUCACACAUUGUGAGGCUGGGGAAGGCACCCGAAGCAAAGUUCGGGAUUACACAGAUAAAAGGAUUGGUUCUGUAUUCAUACUGCUAGCCUUUUUAGGAACAUUCAUGGGAAUUACCACUGCCUGCCUUAAUGAUCCCAAUCAAAGAAUCUGUAGCUACGGAGAUAGAAGUUCGAUGAUGAUGACGAGAUCGUUCGGAAACGUGUUUUCAAGGACUGUCUUCUAAAUUUGUCAAUUGCUGAACUCUGGUUAGUUGGUUUUAAGAUAAUGACAUGAUUUGGGCAUUGAA